CUUUGGUCACUCUGGCACUUUACACUGCGAAUAUUCUAGAUUUAAGCGAAUUUCUAUGAAACCAAGUAAAAACUAAACAAAAAUAGUCAACAUGGAACAAUGCUACAACAGAGGCUGCGGCCAGCUUUUCGACCCGGCGACCAACACCGAUGAAUCAUGCCGGCACCAUCCGGGCGAACCGUUCUUCCACGAUGCCUACAAGGGCUGGGGCUGCUGCAACAAGAAGUCCGUGGACUUCACCGAGUUCCUCAACAUCAAGGGCUGUACCCUGUCCCAGCACUCGAAUGUCAAGCCGCCUGAGCCAGAGAAACCCGUGAAGCAGGAGUCCGACAAGGACGAGGUCAUCGAGGUGCGCGCUCCCAUUAAAGAAGCUCUGCCCCGUCCGCCCAUCGAAACCCCGCUGACUGUGUUACAGUCGACGGUAGCGCCUGCUUUAAAGGCUCUUGUUUUUACAACGAAGUCGCCCGCGGAUGCAAGACCAGCCACAAAAUCCAACGAUUCCAUCGAGGUGGGCACCAGCUGCAAGAACAACGGCUGCACCUACUCCUUCAUGGGCACCAGCAGUGACUACGGCGAGUGCACCCACCAUCCGGGCGUCCCGAUUUUCCACGAAGGCAUGAAGUUCUGGUCGUGCUGCCAGAAGCGGACCUCGGACUUCGCCCAGUUUAUGGCACAAAAGGGCUGUGUCUACGGCCAGCAUGUUUGGGUUAAAGAGAACGAAGAUAAAAAGGUGGUGCAGUGCCGCUACGACUGGCAUCAAACCGCCACGAAUGUGGUGGUGGCCAUUUAUGCCAAGAAGUAUCACCCCGCCCACAGUGUGGUGGAGGUGAACCCAAUUAGACUACAUGUCAAUCUCGUUUUUCCCGAGCAGGAGAACGCCAGGUUUGACCUGGACCUGGAACUGCGUGGCAUUGUUGAUGUGAGCAAGGCUAGUGCCCAGAUGCUCGGCACCAAAGUGGAGAUAACGUUGCCCAAACUGGAGCCCGGUUCUUGGUCAAAACUGAAUUUCCCUCGUGAUAGUCUGCCGGCGGCCCGUAAGAGCCUGCAUGCACAGCAACCAAAGCAGGAAGAUGAUGACAGCGACGAGGACUUUGACCUGGACGACAUACAUUCGGUGGCCAGUCACGGCCUUAGGCUUUCCGACUUAAGUUUGCAGAAUCCGAACAAAUUGGACUAAUAAAUCAAUAAAGCAGUUUGCAUUUAAAUGUUAUAAACAAUAAACCAAAUGUUGUAUGAGAAACGUUUAUUUUACAAUAAAGUCACCGGCAACGGCGAAACUCUAA